AACAGAUCAAGUAAGAUAUUAACAUAGUCGAGCUAACUUCUUUUUAAGUAAAGGGUAAAACUUCAGAAAACAAAAAUCAUAAUGAAAAGUGUCAAUGCAGCCUUGUGUUUUACAAUAAUAUUUGUCAUCAUUUCUGGAGGAGGUGGAGAAAUGGGAUCCGAUCCAUGCAGCCCUAAUCCAUGCAAAAAUGGUGGAACCUGUUCUGUAAAUAAUUCUGCAAACAAUGCUGUGUGUUCAUGUCCUACGGAGUAUGAAGGAAUCACAUGUGCACUCUCAAAAGCUGGAAGCACAGCACCCCCAAAAGCUGGAAGCCCAUCAUCCCAAAAAGCUGGAAGCACAGCACUCUCAGAUGGGAAAAUUUGUGGUAUAGUUGUUGGUUGUUUACUUUUUGUUAUUAUGCUGCUGUAAAGGAGCCGUUGAACACAGAGAAAAAUUAAAAGAUAGCAAGUGCAAGAUUACGACUUCUAAAUGAACUGUAGUGUUUAUAUUUUUUUCUCUCCUAUGUCAUGAAAUGAAGUAUAAAGUAAUUGUUUUGUGUAACAUUUGUAGUGAUUUUAUUUGUAUUUUCUCUAGUGUAAUCAACCACACUAUAAAGUAGAUGUUAUGUGUAACAUUCUUGUUAUUUUAUUUGUAUUUUCUCUAGUGUUAUCAACCACAUUAUAAAGUAAAUGUUAUGUGUAACAUUCUUAGUUAUUUUAUUUGUAUUUUCUCUAGUGUUAUCAACCACAUUGUAAAGUAGAUGUUAUGUGUAACAUUCUUAGUUAUUUUAUUUGUUUUUUCUCUAGUGUUAUCACCUGCAUUAUAAAGUAGAUGUUUUGUGUAAAAUUCUUAGUGAUUUUAUUUGUAUUUUCUUAGUGUAAUCAACCACAUUAUAAAGUAGAUGUUUUGUGUAACAUAUUUGUAUUUUUUUCUAUGAUAUCAAAUGAAUUAUUAAGUAAUAGAUAUGCGUAUUCCUUUUAGUAAUUAUAUUUGUAUUUUCUCCCAUGUCAUCAAAUAAAUUAU